GGCGCAGCCUGAGCGUCCUCCGCGUCUCCAGGGACAACCUUGGCACUACCCUCUGCGGGCGCGGCGACGGUUAAUCAGAUUCCUGACCGAGGGGCAUGGCCGCCUGCCGCAGGGGCCAGUCGAAAGCCUGGGAGGCCCUAUAUGCAAAUAUGAGGGCCAGGAGGAUCCGAGGGAGGACUGAUGUUUCCCCAGAGCCUCCUCCAGGGCUAGGAAGAUGCUACAGUGCCUGACUUCGGAAAGUGAGGAAGGGGCUGAAGAGAGGGAGGAGAGUUCCACAGAAGAUCUGGAGGAGCUAAAAGAAUUUGUCACCCUGGCUUUUGUGAGAGAGAACACACAAAAGAGGCUCCAGAACGCACAGCAGCAUGGUAAGAAAAAGAGGAAGAAAAAAAGGUUAGUAUUGAAAAACGAGGAGUUUCGGGGCGUGUGUGUGUGUGUGUGUGUGUGUGUGUGUGUGUGUGUGUGUGGUGUCGGUGUUGAUAAGAGCAGGAAGGGCCCAAGGGAAGAAGGUCUUGGCUGAUGAGAGGAAAAGGGGACACAGGGCUUGUCUCCUCUGGCUCACACCAAUUUCAGUGUUCUGUUUUAUGGCAUCCCAUAAUAGUGUGCAUAACCUCGAAUCACACCUUGUACUUUUCCUUCUAUUUGUGUUUGCAAUGCCUUUUAAAGACUGGGUGGAGAGGGAGCUCCUUGCUGAAGGAGCAAGGAAAAAAUUUCCCUUCCUAAGCGCAAGCUCCCGUGUGUCCUGGGAAUUUCACAUACUUGCAGUGUAACAGGACCACAGUGACUUGCCAGCCCCGGCGGCUGGCAGCUGCAGCUUGCGCAUUCCGUUUCUGGGUUAAUACUCUGCUUUGCCUUGUAAGAGAGUAUUGUCUAUCUUCUAAAUGGCUUCCCUUAGUGGAAAGGGGGAGACAAUAUUUUAGUAAAAAAUAUGUGCCUUUUAAAAUUUCUCAAACAAGCAAACAAACCCCAAAAUAAAUAAAUAAAAUAAAAUUUCUGUCCCCAAUGGGCUGAUGGUGUAAAAGUACAGGGACCACUGGGAGUGUAGCCUAGUGUCUAGUGCCUCACUUUCAGGCAGGAGGCCCUGGGUUCAAGUCCCAUCACUGACAAAAUUAAAAAGGGGGUUGAGGCAAUGGUGUUAACACAAAAUCGCAAGCAAAGGCAAUUGUAACACAUGGAGUAACGGAACUGUGAGGUGCAUGGCUUGGUGUGGCCACUGGGACACAUGUGUCUGGCCCCAGCCCUGUGUUCUGGCCUGGGUAUCUGUCUGUGUCUUGCUGUCUGCCCUUUUCUCUUUUCCAGAUGAUUGGUGAUCAAUCUAUCUAACUGCCGGUAUGACAGCGUGCGCAGGGCCGCCCAGCAAUAUGGCCUUCGAGAGGCGGGUGACAAUGAUGACUGGACUCUCUAUUGGACCGACUACUCAGUGUCACUGGAGCGAGUGAUGGAAAUGAAGAGCUACCAGAAAAUCAAUCAUUUUCCUGGGAUGAGUGAGAUCUGCCGCAAGGACUUGCUGGCCCGGAAUAUGAGCCGCAUGCUAAAGCUGUUUCCUAAGGAUUUCCACUUCUUCCCCAGGACUUGGUGUCUUCCUGCCGACUGGGGAGAUUUGCAGACUUACAGCAGGACAAGAAAAAAUAAGACUUACAUUUGUAAGCCGGACUCGGGCUGCCAAGGGAGAGGCAUAUUCAUUACCCGGUCGGUGAAAGAAAUCAAGCCAGGGGAGGAUAUGAUCUGCCAGCUUUAUAUCUCAAAGCCCUUCAUCAUCGACGGGUUCAAGUUUGACCUUCGGGUUUAUGUGCUGGUGACCUCCUGUGACCCUCUCAGGGUUUUUGUGUACAAUGAAGGACUGGCUCGCUUUGCCACCACCUCUUACUCCCACCCUAACCUAGACAACCUGGAUGAGAUCUGUAUGCACCUGACUAAUUAUUCUAUCAAUAAGCACAGUUCCAACUUCGUUCAAGACGCUUUUUCUGGCAGCAAGAGGAAACUCUCCACCUUCAACUCGUACAUGAAGACCCACGGCUACGACGUGGAGCAGAUCUGGAGGGGCAUCGAGGACGUCAUCAUCAAGACGCUCAUAUCCGCUCACCCGGUCAUCAAACACAAUUACCAUACCUGCUUCCCCAGCCACACGCUCAACAGUGCCUGCUUUGAAAUCCUGGGCUUUGACAUCUUGUUGGACCGGAAACUCAAACCCUGGCUGCUGGAGGUCAACCAUUCUCCAAGCUUCUCCACUGACUCCAAGUUGGAUAAAGAGGUGAAAGACAGCCUGCUCUAUGAUGCAUUGGUCCUCAUCAACCUGGGGAACUGUGACAAAAAGAAAGUCUUGGAGGAGGAGAGACAGCGGGGACGAUUCUUGCAGCAGUGUCCAAAUCGGGAGAUCAGGCUAGAGGAAGUCAAGGGUUUCCAGGCCAUGAGGUUACAGAAAACAGAGGAAUAUGAGAAGAAAAACUGUGGGGGCUUCCGGCUCAUCUACCCUGGUCUGAAUUUGGAGAAGUAUGACAAGUUUUUCCAGGACAACAGCUCCCUCUUCCAGAACACCGUUGCUUCCAGAGCCCGGGAGCUGUAUGCACGGCAGCUGAUCCAGGAGCUGAGGCAGAAACAGGAAAAAAAAGUCUUCCUAAAAAAAGCGAGGAAGGAAGAGACGCAGGGCGAGUCUGCGGGUGAGCAGGCAAGAGACAAAGUCGUGCGGCUCCAGCGACAGAGACAGCAGCCCAAGUGCAAGACGGUGGCCACCUGUCCCCCCAAACAAUCCUUACAUCCAGUGACCUUAGUAUCCUGCACAUCUGGCUUGCUCUUGAACAUCAGAGGCCUAAAGAAAGGUGAAAUUUCUGAGAGCCUCGAACAGAAGGACACCAAGGAGGCCAUGCUUAUACCCUGCAAGCCCGUGUCGGCAAGGAACUACAGUUCUGUCCCUGACCUGAGGAGUGCAAACCCCAGCUGCUUCGAGCCAGAGUUCCAUGUGCCCAAUGCCAAAGUCAAGGAAGUCAAGUCGGCCUUUAUGGUGAACAUAGAGAGCACUGCCCAGCCCAUAACGUCUGUAGAAAGUUCCCGAGAUGCCACAGCCCCCAUCUCAACCUCUCUAGAAUCCCUGGCAAGCAUGAGCCUCUCCACCAGCCCUGAGUGCAGCAGCCCGGAGAGUGUCCAUAUGGUGUCCUAUAACCACAAGCAGCAGAAGGCUUCCUUCCACAAGCCGAUGCAGGAGAAGAAAUCCAAGCCUCUCAUGUUUUCCAAAUCCAGGCAUUUGGACCUGAACUGUACCUCAAUGAAGAAUGACAUUAAUAGGCAGUAUCUGAUGUCAGAGAUACUGCAGAAGGUUCAAAUGAAGAAGAAACGCCCCUUGUUCCCGGCUCCCAAGUCACAAUACCCAACCCUGUCCAAGGAGCGGUGCCCCCACAGCCGCAGCUCCAGCAGGAAGAAAGAGAUGAAUUCGCCCUCCGUCUUCGUCCUGCAGGCUUCUCACAGCCGUGCUGAAUCUCUGAAUGACCUUCUGGUAGUUGCCACUCAAGCUCGCCUGGACCCUCGGCCCAGCAGAAGCCAUUCGGGCACUACGACAAGGGACUCCAGCACACAGGACCCAAAGCACACUGCCACUGCCUGAGGUCUGGUCAGAAAGGAUGUGAGAGGAAUCAGCGUCUGCAACAUCUACAGAAUGGACUGGAAGUUUCAUUUCCGCAUCUAGAAAUUCUGGUCUGAUAACUAUGUCCCGUUGGCACCGUCGAGGGCAGUGACCUUCCCUUCUGUGCUCUCUCUGUUAGUUCACAGCGCUGUGUGUGUGGGACCAGGACCGGCAGGGAUCGAGCGCUGCUUCCCUAGGACAAAGUCCACUUGCCUUAGCUGUGGUGCUCCCCCCAACCCCGGAGUUAAGCAACUUGAAGCAGGAGUGAGGGGAGGACUCACGAUUUCCAGGAGUCCAGAGCCCUCAUUCCACCUGCAAACCUGUGCCAGUCCCGCCCUCCUCUCUAAAGAAAAAGAAGGCAGAGUCGGGACUAAGUGUGGAGGAAUUCUGGGUCUUGGUGGAAAGAAGAAGCAGGACAGUUUCAAAUUCGCCAGUGGAAGAGAGACCACGCCCUCUCCACCAACCCAAAGGCCUUCCGCCCCAGCCCCGGGACUGCCUCUUGCUGCUAUCUUCCCUUCAGUCUUGCUGGCAAAGACAGGUAAUGUAAGAGAGUACCUAGCCUGCAGGUGUUUCUUCCAUUGACCUGAAGGCAUUAUUUGUCUGCCCACAUGUAUACAUUGAUAAAAUAAAUUGCCAUGCCCAAUGCUAGCAAUGAGCCUGGUCCACAAUGGGAGGCGGGGCAGUAGUUGCCCUGAGAACCCGUCACUGACCUAUGGAAAUGUGUCAGGAGCUUUUGAAGUCUUUCUUGGGGUGGGUGGUCCACAGGAAGCCCUGCUCUUUUUGUUAGGAUCCAGGAGCCUGCAAUGACUCGUCUGGGGGCAAUAGUGAUGCCUCUCCUUUGGCUAGCAGAGAGCCUAGAUAGACCCUAGGUUUAUAUAGCAUCUCCCCCUGUUGGCCAGUUCACUCUGCUUUCUCCAGGAAUGUGGUGCAAGACCUUUGUCUCAUUUGGUCUUCUGGAGUUGGAUUUCUAGGGAUGAUGAGGAGGCUUUGUAGAGGAAGUGUGGGAAGAGUCCAGGUGGGGUUUAAAGGUGAGUGAAAUCCAUAAAUGGUGUUGUGGAUUUCCAGUAGAAUAGACUUCCCACCUCUGCAAUGUCUGGGGCGUUCAACCCCAUAGUACUCUCCCAAGCAGAAAAACCUAAAUUAUCCAAGGUACUGGAGUCUGUUAACAAGAUAGAGUUGUAUUAAUUUUCCCUAGCAGACAUAUUGGUACCUGCACGCUUGCUGCUAGAGCCUUGGUGGGCGUCAUACAGACACGUGGAAUCAUUGCUGUCAAUGGGCCCUAUACACAGAAGGGUUCUGUCCUUGUUUAAAUGCUCUGUGGUGCCCAUCUUAAAAAGCUGAGUGAUUUCUGGAUAAAUGAGUCUGUGUUAGCAUCCUG